GUGCUGGCGGGGCCGGGCCUGCCGGCACUCCCGCUCCCCCACACGGCGGCUGAGGGAGGCAGGCAGGCAGGCAGGCGGCCGGCGCGGGUGGGCGGCGUGGCGCGGCGUGAGGGACCCCGGGCCGCGGCCUGCCGCCGCCUGGCUGGCUCUUCCCCGCCGGGCUCCGCUCGGCCGUCCCCGGCAGCCGGUGGUCGGCGGCGGGGCGGGGGAGGCGAGCGUCGUCUCCGGCGGGGUGUGUGGGUUGCCACACUGUUGUGGUUCUUCGGGUUUGUUUUUUUCUUGACAUGGUAGGGCUGGGAAACAGCUGCCGAGGGAUGAAGUCUCCACCUCUCCUUGUGGCUGCACUUGUGGCGUGCAUCAUUGUUUUGGGUUUCAAUUACUGGAUUGCAAGUUCUCGCAGCGUGGAUCUGCAGCAGGCAUGCAGCUCACGUGGAAUGAUUACCUUCUCUGCUAUUUUUCUAACGGGACGGAUCAUGGAUCUGGAAGGCAAAGUCCGCAGGGCGGCAGCAGAGAGGGGUGCUGUGGAGCUCAAAAAGAAUGAAUUCCAAGGGGAGCUCGAGAAGCAGCGAGAGCAGAUCGACAAAAUUCAGUCCUUGCACAGCUUUCAGAUGGAAAAUGCCAACAGAGUACAUCAGGAAGAGAAGGCAAUGCUGAUGAGUAACAUCACAGUAAAUGAACAAUUGAUCCAGAGUCUACGAGAACACCUGAAAGAGUUACAGAUAGAAUAUGGAAAGCUACAGCUGGAUGUUUCCUGGUUUCAGAAGAACCAGACUAACCUUCAGAGAAAGUUCUCAUAUGACCUGUCACAGUGCAUCAACCAGAUGAAAGAAUUAAAAGAACAAUGUGAAGAAAGGAUAGAUGAGCUUGCAAAAAAGGGUAGUGAUGUACCACAAAUCAAAGAAAACAAAGGCUUCUCAGAAGAUUCAAAAAAGCAUAGCCAGGUUAAUACUCAGCUGCCAGCCUUGAAGCAGGCCGACUUAGAACAGCAGAAACACAAUGAAGAUGUACCUAAAGCAGUACCUACAGUAAAAAAGAUAGACCUGCUGCAGACUAAAGAAAGAAUGAAUGGGCUGGCUGACAUCAGAGAACAGGAGCCUAAGGCAGAAGAGAAGCUUUCUAGUGAACUGAAAACCCCCCAGGACUUACUAAAGGCUGCUGCAGAUCAUAAGGAGAUGCCACUCGAGUCAGAGAAGGAGCUGAAUCCAUCUGAAGAUGAAAGACAUGUAGCAGGGCAAGAUGCAUUACAGCUGGCAGCAGAGCAGGCUGCUAGUGAGGAAACUGAGAGGGAGCAGCUCCUAAAUUACAAUGCUAAGGAAGAUGACUUGCCCCUCGGAAAGGCUGUAGAACAUGAAGCACUGAACCAGGACAAGGAUGUUGAUUACAAUUUAGAUGAGAAUGAAGCUGAAUCAGAAACGGACAAGCAAGCAGCACUUGCAGGGAUUGAAAAUGUUCAAAACCCUGAAGAUCUGAAGAACCACUUAUCUGAGCAAGGUGAAGAACGACAGAGGCUGUGAACAAAGGAGGUUCAUGAUGCAACUUGAUCACCUCUUCAUAUCAAUGCAGGAACAAUGAGAGCAAAGUGAUCUGAGAACAUUUUGAUUAUCUUCUCAAGGCUUCAAUAAGGGCCCAAAUGAAGUAGUAUUUUCUUGUGAAGUUUUAGUACUGUUUCAGUGGUGAAAAAAAUAAUAUUAAAUCUCUGGAGACUUGUUUUAAAGCAGCUUGACAUCUGCGAUGACUCCUUCCUUCCUACCAAUUACAAUAUUGAAACCAGUUAUAGUAACUUUGAAGUCAGCUAACUUGUAUGGUCAUACUACAAUAAUAACAUGUGCUGACUGGUGGUAGAUGAGAAAGAUCCAUCCUUGGCAGAGAACUCUCUCCCCUGAGCAAUGCAGUAGAGCAACCCCCAGCUUAGUUGUAAGAAGAGCUUAAGAAGAGCUAACUUACCUUAACAAAACAUGGGAAGGAUGGAAGAUGGACCAUGCUGCAGUCUACCCUAGUGCCUGUUCUCGCACCUUGUUACUGCAAUGUAGAUAAAGCCAGCAAGCAUGAUGGUAGUAGUCUUCAGACGCUAUGCAGCAUGAUACAUUUUCCUAGGCCUUCUAAAUGAAAUUGCUAGCUUAUGCUAUCUGUAACCAGGCUGAAACAAUGUGCUGGUUGUGUUCUUGCCUUUUAGGGCAGGGCGGGGGGAAGGACUCUGACAACAGCGUGUUCUCAUUAAGAGAUUAGCAGGAAGAUUUUUCUGAAAGCUCUGUUGGAGUCCUGUUCACAAGAUCAGUAUGGUUCAGCUACCACUAACUUGUGCUAGUUCAGUGUAAAAAUUCAAACUCCUGAACAUUUCAUGACAGAAGCCAUCUGAAAUGGUGUGCUAUGACUACCCUUCACUCCACCCAGCCACUAUAUUCUGCUAAAAUGUAGAAAGGCAAAUGCUUGCUUUGUAAAAACAGCAAUCUCAACUGUUCAAAGUGACUAAUCUCUGCCGGACUUCUGGAGGAAGUAAACCAGACUAUGCAUUUACCAGAUGUCUCAAUGUCUCCCACUAGUUGUUGUGAAGUCCUAUGUUAUGCACAAUGUAUCAUGUUGUUAAUGUUCCGUAGUCUCUGUCUUUUCUGUAACAUGUUGAAUGUAAACUAGAAACUAGUUUACUGGCGAUAACCUAGAAAUACCCUGUGCUACCACAAAGGCAUCCUUAACUGCAACACAGCCUGCACUGUGUGUAGCCAGCUGGUGUGAAGAUUGUGUCUGUCCUCAAGGCUGACACCUGUGUCUGGAGCAAUCUUUGAGGACAAACUGACCUCCGUUAAGACAUCAUGGGAGCAGACAGACAGACAUGACUAACCAGCUAAUUACCAACUAACCAGCAAUUACGUUUAAGAAAAUACAAAUGUCUUAGCUUUGUAUUCAUUUGUAGCUACUUUUGUGGUGUGUCAUUCCUCAGUGUACUAGUUUACAACUCCUGUACCUUAAGAUGCCUAAAUAUGGAAGUGGAAGGUCAGUUCUUGUGUGUGAAGACAGUAUCAGCUGUCAUCAAGUGAAAGGCAGAGCUCAAGUCAAAUGAUGCCUAUUAAGCCUAAAUACGUAAACAGGUCAGUGAUAGACUUGCCACUCUAACUUGCAUUUUUCUAAGGAAAGCACCAACUUCCAUUACUGAGUUCUUGGUUACUCUUUUUUUGCCAUUUAAGUCAGACUCACACUGGUCUGGGCUACUACAGUCAGUAUAGCAGAGAAAAUAAAUGCCUGUAAGCAGGAGAGAAAAGGAGGAUGAGCAUCUCUUCUAACUGUCAAGUAUUGGGAAACUUGGGCUUUUAAGUUAUUUUUUGCAAAUAAUGCCAUGUUUUAACAUCAAAAUGUUUACACAUUCUGAGUAAAAGGGGCAUUUUCUUAGGACUUACUCUGUAAACAAACAAAAUCCUUAAGGUAAUUCAUAUAGUGCCAGAGAAUUCUUUUUUAAAAAAUUGUUUUGGCUGUUAUUUCUAUAUAGUACCCAAACCUGACUGGGCUUCUCUAGCCAGCUAGAUGUUGUCCUUUCUAUAAACAGGACCACCUUUGUACAAAACACACACUUCUGACAGCUGGGGGCCCGAAAACCUCGUAAGAGCAACGUUCAAAUGCAUGAAGGAAUGCAGUCUUAUUCUCAAUGGCUUCAAGUGCUACAGGAAUGUAACUAGGGAGGUAGAUUUCUAGUAGACAAGGGGCCUGUGUGUCUACUAUAUAGAGUUUUAAAAUUGAAGGACUUUCAGUUGAAUAAAACGAGAUUCAUUUGGAACUGUGGUUUACACAGUAUUGUCUAUCACUAAAAUUUUUAGUUGCAUGAGGCAGGAAAAGCUGCUUUGCUGUAAUCAUGUGGGGUUUAAAUUAACACUUGUCCUUGAUUUUUUUAAAAAAUUAAGCUUGAUCCAUUUUAGAUAAGCAUUUUAAAAUAAAAACAAUCUUCUCUACUGUG